CUUACCUACCAGGUAAGCAUGUGUCUAUCUUAAUUUUUUUCUUAAAUAAAUAAAGACAAACAUAUAUUUACCUGAUAGGCAAGUUUACCAAAAAGUUGGAACAAUCGACCUUAAGUCUUACUGGAAAGCACACUUUGUUUUCAAUUCUCACACUCUCACAGUCUCACACCGAUAUCUGUACACACCUCUUUAUGAUAAGGUAAUGGACGACUGAGUUGGCAGUUAGUUCUGGCUUUUGUGUUUGAUCCGAAUUAUUAUAUAUCAACAGUCAUGGCAUUACCACCGGUAUUAAAAAAUCUAUUUAAAUAUAUAGAUGAACAUAAACAGGAAUAUAUAGAUAAUUUAAGAGAGGCAAUAGCUAUUAAGUCUGUAUCAGCAUGGCCAGAUCAUAGAGACGAAGUGAUUGAGAUGAUGAAAUGGGCAGAAGUGAGAUUGAAGAAUCUUGGAGCAACUACGGAAUUAGCUGAUAUAGGCAAACAGAAACUCUCUGAUAAUACUGAAAUCCCACUGCCUCCUGUAUUACUUGGAGAUCUUGGCUCGGACCCAAAGAAGAAAACCGUGCUCUUAUAUGGACAUUUGGAUGUACAGCCUGCACUAAUAAAGGAUGGAUGGGACACCGAACCUUUUAUUCUUACUGAAAAAGAUGGAAAACUUUUCGGUCGAGGCAGUACUGAUGACAAAGGACCGGUUCUUUGUUGGAUACAUGCAUUGCAAGCUUAUAAAGCAAGUGGAAUUGACAUCCCUGUUAACCUCAAGUUUGUCUUUGAAGGAAUGGAAGAAAGUGGCAGUGAAGGCUUGGAUGAACUUCUUUGGGCAAGGAAAGACACUUUUCUAAAGAACGUAGAUUAUGUCUGCAUAUCAGACAAUUAUUGGCUGGGUACCAAAAAGCCAUGUAUUACUUAUGGUCUACGAGGUAUUGCCUAUUUUCUAAUAGAAGUCUCUUGCGCUACUAAGGAUUUGCAUAGUGGUACCUUUGGUGGCUGUGUACAUGAAGCCAUGGCAGAUCUGAUUUACUUAAUGAAUACACUGGUCGAUGUUAAUGGUCACAUUUUGAUAGACAACAUUUAUGACAAUGUGGCAAAAUUAACAGAAGCUGAAUUAGCCAGUUAUAAGGAUAUAGAAUUCGAUAUAGAUGAAUUUAGAGAAACAGUAGGAACUGCAAGACUAGCGCAUGAGGAAGACAAAAUCAAAAUCUUGAUACAUCGUUGGAGACAACCUAGUUUGUCUAUUCAUGGAAUAGAGGGUGCUUUCAGUGAGCCAGGAGCGAAAACAGUAAUUCCGAGUAAAGUCAUUGGCAAAUUUUCGAUUAGAUUAGUGCCUCAUAUGACUUCAGACAAAGCAACCGAAAAAGUUAUCGCAUAUAUAAAUAAGAAAUGGCAGGACAGAGGUAGUCCGAAUAUCAUGAACGUGACAAUGUUUCAUGGUGGCGAACCAUGGUCUGAAAGUCCUGAUCAUCCGAAUUACAUGGCCGCUCGGAAAGCUACUCGAUCCGUUUACAACGUAGAGCCUGAUCUCUCUCGCGAAGGCGGGUCAAUACCAGUUACUCUGACUUUCCAGAAAGUUACUGGUAAAAAUGUAUUGCUCUUACCGGUCGGCCAGGGUGACGAUGGUGCACAUUCUCAAAAUGAAAAAUUAAAUGUGCAUAAUUACAUUCAAGGGACAAAACUACUUGGAGCUUAUUUAUAUGAAGUAGCUCGCGUGUAACAUUUUGCUGUUGGUAUUUGCUGGGGAUUAAGGUGCUUGGUAUUGUUACUACUCAUUUUGAAAUGGCGAAUGAAACAAAACAUUGCAUUUUGAUGUAGUUUUGUUUGUAUGUUAUAAAAAAAUUACAUGAAAACAAUAUUUUCUAAGAACCAAUAUGUGCACAUUUUUAAAAAUAAUACAAUACAAUAAAAAAAUAUAUUCUUAA